UCCCAGAAUUAAAUUUUCUUGCCAGCAUUUGAGGAAAAGUUAUAUACUCGAUACGCAAAACCCGCGCUCGGACGCACAAGAGAUGACAGUACUCAAUACAGUACUUUAAUUCUUUUUGAUUCGCGUCACACACCAUUGAUGUGAAAAGGUUUAUACUUCAUUGGCUUCACACACCAUUGAACCUUUUAGGUUUAAUUAUUUCAUUCCGUGGAACGCAAGUCAAGAUCGAGGAGCUUAUUCGGUCUACUUCACAGGACAAGCACUAAUCCUCGUGGCCGUCUCGGCACUUCAGUCAAUGAACCGUCACGGUCGGCAACUUUAAAUACAGUGUACACCUGUCGGCGCCCUUCACCUGCCUUUGUCGGGCCAGGUACCCGUAAGUUGCAAGAACUCGCCGCCGUGGGGGACGCACGAAGUUUAUCGCGGUAGACAAGUUGUAGCCAAUCAAAGUUCGCUACGAGUCAAUCCCUGCAGUGUACCUAGCGACAGUGACAGACGACCGACAGAGCAUGUGAAGCAAUGAUGACGACGGAGCAGACGACACAGCCUCCAGUUGGUAACGGUCUGACGGGACGACGGCUGGACUACCUUGCUCGACCAAAAACAGUCUCAACCAAACUUGAUGACAGGAGAAGUGUGUAUUGGAUUACACAUGUCCCACUAAGACCUGAGGCAAAUGGUGCCACAUGCUUUUAUACUACAGAUAGAGAAGAUGAACUUGCUAGACCCAAAAUUGUGAAAACUGGGUGGUAUCCUGACAGAUCUCCAAUAUGGCCUGUCAGUGAAAGAGCAAAGCAUGCAGUUGCCUCUCAGCGUGUACUAGAGCUUAGUGAGCCAAAGAGGAUUUCUCCUUAUUAUCAGAUGCCACGAUCACCUUACAUGUCUGUCAAAAAAGAAGCUCUUUACGCCGAACCAUCAACACGCAUCAUAGCAAUGUCUGCCCCCAAAACACGUGUAAACUGCUACGAUGCUUAUGACUCACAGUGGGGAGAAUAUUACCCUUUGCCUGUAGCAGUGCUCACAGCCACCGUUACAGAACGAAUGGAAAAAUUGGCCGAGCCAAGGCCUUUUCACAAAGAUUUUUGUUGGCCAAGGCCUGUACAGUGGGACGUCUCAGAGGCAGCAAAGAAAGUUAUGGCAUCAGCACGAGUGCUGCAGCUGAGCCGACCACGAAGUCGCUGGUUACUCAAGGAUGAUUAUGAUCCUUUUAAAGUUUCCCUUGCAGCUCGACACGCCCACCCAACACCUCGGAUUGAGGAGCUCAGCCAGCCACUUGAACGUAAAGUUAAGAAGUAGUGUAGGCAAACAAUGCUGGAAGAAUUGAUAAUAUAUUUGUAUGAGCAGCUCCUGUUUUAAAGCAAGUAAAAUAAAUGAGUAACCCUGUUAUGAAUUUUUCAAUAACAAGAUAAAAAAAAAAAAAAGAAUCAGCACAUUUAGCAUGGUAGUUGGUAGACAAGUUAGACUUUUUUGAGAAUAAUGGGCAUUUUUCUGCAUUAUGUAUAACGGUGGCAUGAGCCUCCUAGCCCUUCCUCGCUUCCCCAACCAAUAACAGCUGUCACCAGGUCAACACCUGCUUGACAGUUUUAUGCAACAACUGUCACAUUACUUUAAUUCUGAUCCAGCAGACUAUCAAGAAAUAUGCAUUAAAGUCUUUUGUUUUGAAGUGUGCAGAUUUACUUUCUUUUCUUCAGUUUGUCUUUCAGUGUAAAAAAGUGAAAACUUUAAGAAUAUUUUUAUCUCUCAAAUAAGUAAAUUAUAUUUGCACUAGAUUUGUUUGAAAUAAAAAGCAUUUUGAGUUUUGUGGUGUUUCGAUCAUUUAUAUUAUAUAUGCUAAAGUAAUUUUUUUCUAAAAAAAUAUUUUGCUGUGAUAAUGUAGUUUUACUUGUAUCAUGUCUUCCAUGUCCUGUGCAAUAAGUUUUGACACAUUAUUUUGUGAAUCCAGUAUCUACAUGAGGGCUGUUUUUACAAAAAAUGUUGCCUCUUGUAGUUACUAUGCAGGUUUUUUUUUUUCACUCACAUGAUAUUGAAGUUUGUGUGUCCUUCAUCAAAUACCCACAACUUUGCGAUAAACUAUAAGAGAGAAUGUCAAAUAUACACAUAAAAUCCAGAAGACUAGGACAAAGCUAGGUAAUUACAACUGAUCCAGAAUUACUUGAAAAAGUUUAAAGGGGUGUUCUAAGAGUUAUUCUUCUUAUAGACAUAACAUUAAUAGGUGUUGAUAUAUAUAUAUAUCUAGUCCAUGCCUGCUACAGGUGAAACACACCAUACUGUUCAUACUUUUAAAAAGAUCCUUGUGACAAAAAAGAAUUCAGGUAUUCUACAUCAUUUUACCUAGCUUCUCUCCCCCCUUUCCUUUUUCCACUUUACUGUGACUGUAUGUGUAUGUGAUAAAAAAAGUGAGCGCAUGGAUGUAUACAGAGAGAUAUGUUAGUGGUGAGAGUGUUCUUCCUUGAUAAAAAUCCCCCUAUGAUGAUAUUUUCCUAAGAUGAUAGAAUCGUUAUUUUCUAUAUAAACAUUUUUGACUUUGCCAAACAUUCAGAAAGUUGUAAAUUUAUUUCAAGCAAAAAAAGGAAGUAUUUUUGCUGGCACCAAACCUAUUUUAGCUUGAAAACUGAAAACUGAAUGCCAGAAAUAAGAGUUAUCAUUUUAGAAUCAAGAUGUGUGCUAGAUUUUCAUUUGUAACAUUGUAAAUGUGGGACUCAAAAUUCUAUGCAGUGACUCAGUAUUAUUUUGAUGGUAAUAUUUUACAUCUGCUUUAUAUUUGCCAAGAGUGUUUCAUGGCUUUUUGUAAAAAAAAAAAAAAAACUCAAUAAAAAACAUGUUUUAAUGCUCCUAAUGUGUGUGACAGAAUUUAGUAUGUGUGUACUAUAACUUAAAAAACUGGUCUCUAUUUUAAAAUGCCUUUUCUGUCACAAUUUUAUGAAAAGUUAAAGGCUUCAAGUAUUAUUAACUCCAUGUGAUACUUUUCAUAAUAAGUGCUUUAUUAUACUUAUCAAAUCUUACAUACCAGUAUUAAUUUGCACGUUUGUAUUUUGUGAUCAGCUUGCUGUAUUACAAGUAAAAAAUGUUCACACACUCCUAUCAAAAAACAAGCAAUUUUACCUUCACAUAUCUAUUUGGUUUACUUGUGCAUCUUUUUAAUAAUUUUUAAAGCUAACAUUGCACACUAAGACAAUCAGUAAACUAUCUGCCAACUGACUCCAUAUGCCUUAAAAUCUUUUUUAAAAAAUCAGAAGCAUCCCAUUUCUAUGGCGUUUUUCAUGCAAAAUAAUAAUAAUUAAAUGCAACAAAUAAUGUUUGUCAAUAGAUUUCUUGUGAUUUUUAAGCCUUCCAACCUGCUGUAUUUAUCAUUAUUUCUGAGAUAAAAUGCAUAAGUAUUCUGGUGCUGUAUUUGUAAAUACACAACUGUUUCUAAAUUCUAAAUAUAUGUUUGGUUCCAAA